AUGAGGAACCUCAGCUUGCUCCUCCUGGACGACACCCGUCUCACGGGGCGGCUGCCACCGGAAAUCGGCUGCCUCCCGCUCGUCGUGCUGCACGUCUCGAGGAACAACAUCUCGGGGCAGAUCCCAUCCGAGAUUGGUGAGAUUUUGUGUCUUGAGAGGAUGGAUUUGUCCUCCAACAACCUUUCAGACGAGCUCCCGAUGAGCCUGUUCAAGCUCACACAGUUGGUUAUGUUCAAUGUUUCAUACAACCCGUUCCUCUCCGGCAAUAUCUCCAUCAACGGCCAAUUUGGCACAUUUGACGAGCAGUCCUUCCUCGGCGACCCACUCAUCUCAUUUCCUCAAGGUGGACCUGCCGGCAAGCAACGACCAUCCCCGGAAGCUUCCGAUGCUACCGUUAUAGAGAGGAGCAACAUAGCAAUAGCAAUCAUAAUCUCGACUGGGAGGAUCGACUUGCUUGUGCAGUACGUCGACCUCAGCUCGAAUAACUUCGCCGGAGAGCUCUUGCCCAGCGUCGCAAGAUUCAAGAAAUUCGACGUCGCCGAGAACAACCUUGCCGGGAGCGUUCCUUGGAGCACGUUUCCUUAUGGCUGUAAGCUCCAGUCCUUAUACCUCUCCCCGAACCAGCUGGUCGGGGACUUACCGGAAUCCAUCGCCAAGUGCGUGAAUUUGGUGUGCAUGUCGCUGUGGGGGAAUAAUUUCUCUGGGAAGAUACCUGCCGGAAUUGGGAAGCUCGCCAUGCUCGAGACGCUGAUUCUUGGGAACAACGGGUUCGAUCGGCAGAUAUCGCCGGAGGUGAGGAACUGCGGGAGACUUCAGUUCUUGGACAUGAGUACCAACAAAUUUGAACGCGACGUGCAACAUAUUUUCGGCAACUUUACGAGCUUGAAGUAUCUUGUGCUUCAUCACAACAAUUACACCGGCGGCAUCGUGGCCUCCGGCAUGCUCCGGCUACCGCUACUCGCCAGGCUCGACCUCAGCUUCAACCAGUUCACCGGCGAACUCCCUCCACAGGUGGCUGGCAUGAAGAGCCUCAAGUACCUGAUGCUAGCUGAGAAUAACUUCUCUGGCAGGAUACCUCUAGAGUACGGCCGGCUUGCCGAGCUCCAGGUGCUGGACCUUUCUAACAACACACUCUCAGGAGGAAUACCCACGAGCAUCGGGAAUCUCACGUCACUCCUUUGGCUAAUGCUCGCCCGGAACCAGCUCUUUGGUGAGAUACCGCCUGAAAUCGGCAACUGCACCAGCUUGCUUUGGCUGAACCUCGCCGACAACCGGUUGACCGAAAAUAUCCCACCGGAGAUGGCAGGGAUAGGGAGGAAUCCCGGCCGGUCCAACCUUCUCCAAGAACCAGCUGGAUGA